AUGGUUCAAAGCAUAACAUUCACGUUUUCAGAAUUCUUGAAUCUCUUCGCUCUCGCAAUGAGCCACAAUCCGCCACUGUCUCAGUUUGGCAGUUUCUUCAAUCCGGUUGCUCCGCCAGGAAUGAAGACCCACUCUGCCCACGAGAAAGUUACCGUUCUCGAGAAAGAGCUGGAAAAGGUCAACUCGACCAGCAAAGAGUGGAAACAAAAAUAUGAAGCUUCUCAAGAAAGAAUCGGAGAACUAUUUAUUGCCGGACAAAAGGAGGCAGACAAACUGAAAACCAAAAUGAGAAAUGAGACAUCGCAGAAGAUGGAACUGAUGACGAGAUUGACAGAGAUGGGCUCAGAAAUCAAACAAUUGAAGAAUGUCGUUCUGUUGAAAGAAAGUAAAAUAGAUGAACUUCAAAAACAACUUGCUGAUGGAGAGAAGCUCAAAAAGGAGAUGAAAACUGAAUUCUCUAAUGAAAAAGCCACACUUCAAUUGACGAUCAAGGAGCUGGAGGAUAAAGUUGCCGCUGAAGGUCAUCAAAUCUUGGAUCUUCAAAAAGAUGUUGACGCGGAGAUCGAACUUCGCAAGAAGACACAUCAAGAACAUGCUCAAGAGAAAAUGAGCCUUCUAAUGAAGAUAAGCGAGCUAGAGGCAAAAAUGGCUCAUGAAGAAAUUCAACGCGCACAAGUAGAGGUCGAGAAAAACAAGGAGAAAGAAAGAUUACAUGAGGAGGUCUCCAAAACCGAAAAGUUGAAGAAAAAAGUCGCAGAUGGAUUGCAGCUGAAAAACGAGAUCAUAACUGAAUUUGCUCGAGAGAGAAAAACUCUUCAAUUGGAGAUCGAGGAGUGGCAGGCUAAAUGGGCAACGGAAGCCAAUGAAUACUCCGAACUCCAGAAAAAAGUGGACGGUUGGCAAAAGGACCAAACACUGAAUAAACCGACAUUUUCUUCGUCACUGCUGCGAUACUGCAGCACGCGCAAGGAGUGGGAAAGGUGUGGAUGCUUUGUUUGCGUCCAAGCUCCAAAUGUCUGCGAAUCGUGUCUUGGGUUUGUCAGCGAUUUUGUGGAGGAGAUUUGCGACAAGAUCAGGCAGAAGAUGAAAGAAUUCGAUUUAAAGGUGCUGGAACAGGAAUACAACGCGAAUGUAAUCGAGGAUUUGAAGCAGGAAGUUGAGCAACAGAAGAAAGAAAUUGAUGUUUGGAGGAAGGGUACCAACGACGCGCAGAUGGAAAUUUUGAAAUUUUCUGACGAGAACCUUCAGAAGGUCCAGAAAGGUAAACUCGACUGGAUGGAGAAGUUUUAUAAUGCGCAGAAUGAGUUCACGAGUCAAAAGACAAAAUACUCGGUUCUCCAGCACACACUGACUGAGAAAAUUAUGGAAAUUUCAAGAUUGAGUAAUGAAUUGCAAGAGCUGAAGGAAAGCUACGAGCUGUUGGACAAGAGUCGAUUGGAACAAAACAAGAAACUCCGCAAUCUUGCCAAGGACCUGGGAAAUCAAAAAGACAACAUCGAAGACUUGCAAAAAAAGAAUCAAAAAUUGGAGAAUCAAAAUGAAGAGUUGAAAAAAAAAAGAGAUGACUUGUACAAUGAAGUAAGGGGUGUGCACCGUCAGGACGCAGAAUUUCCCCUUGAACUCGAUGCAUGCAGUCACAGAUCACCGAGUGUCGGAAAGAAAGAGUCUCGUAGAACAACAAAAUUUGAAUCACCUUUGAGCCCACGUGAAAGUUGUCCUUCCGGAUCCCCAACGUCUUCUCUUCCAAUGUUUGGCAAACGAUCUCUUAGCCGCCAAGGAUCUGGCAACAAAGAUAAAAGAAGAAAGCUGUGA